AUGAAUCAAAAUCAACAAGUGAAGAGAAAGACAAUUGAUGACUACGAUAUGAACAAAGAGGACACAGUGAAGCGUAUGAUGCAUGCAUUGCCUUCCACUUCCUCUUAUCCAUUAACACAAGAUUACUUGCCUUCACCGGCAGAAGAUCACCAUAUGGAAGAGAUUCUAGUCCAACCUACACAUACAACAUGCACAGCGCCAACAGCAGUACCUGCUCCAUCACCACAAACAGCACAAUCAGAUUUACCAAUGCGUCCUUCAACGCCACCUCUAGGAAUGACUUUAUCUCACUACAAUCCUGAAACUGGGUCCUACACAUCAUCACAAAUCAACUCUGACAACGAGAUCAAAGACAGAAUAUGCUCUGGAAUGACUCCUGUGUAUCGUGCGCCAUUUGAGAGAUGGGGAUCUUGUCUUAUUUAA